AAAUAUAGAUUAAUCUUACCUACAAAGAAAAUGAGUAGUUCAGACAAAAAAAACAGUCCAACACCAAAAUAAAAAAUGUCAUCUCUUCACUGGUUUCCCAAUUUCUUCAUCGUUUUCGUCGUCUUCUUCUCCUCACAUGGAAGCUCACAAGUUGUACUAGAAGAAGAAGAAGCCACAGUCGUUGGAUACGGCUACGUCGUUAGAUCAGUGGCCGUUGAUUCUAACCGGCAAGUAUUGACGGCGAAGCUUGAUCUGAUAAAACCAUCGUCCGUUUACGCACCAGAUAUUAAAUCGCUCAGUCUUCAUGUCAGCUUGGAGACGAGUGAGCGUUUGAGAAUCAGAAUCACAGAUUCUAGUCAACAAAGAUGGGAGAUACCGGAAACCGUUAUUUCUCGUGCCGGAAACCACUCUCCUCGCCGUUUCUUAACGGAGGAAGACGCAGGAAACUCGUCGGAGAACAAUUUCUUAGCAGAUCCUUCAUCGGGCUUAGUUUUCACACUCCACAACACGACGCCGUUCGGUUUCUCCGUCUCCCGACGCUCUUCCGGCGAUAUCCUCUUCGACACUUCGCCGGAUCAAUCAGAUUCAAACACUUACUUCGUCUUCAAAGACCAAUUCCUUCAACUAUCUUCCGCGUUACCGGAAAACAGAUCGAAUCUGUAUGGUCUCGGAGAGCACACGAAGCGAUCGUUCAGGCUAAUUCCCGGUGAUACUAUGACUCUGUGGAACGCCGACAUCGGCAGCGAGAAUCCGGAUGUUAACCUUUACGGAUCGCACCCGUUUUACAUGGAUGUAAGAGGAUCAAACGGCCAUGAAGAAGCAGGGACGACUCACGGCGUUUUGCUGCUGAAUAGCAAUGGAAUGGAUGUGAAGUAUGAAGGACAUCGGAUUACUUACAAUGUGAUUGGAGGCGUAAUUGAUCUCUAUGUGUUCGCCGGACCAUCGCCAGAGAUGGUGAUGAAUCAGUACACUGAGCUUAUUGGAAGACCUGCCCCUAUGCCUUACUGGUCAUUUGGAUUUCACCAGUGUAGGUAUGGGUACAAGAAUGUUUCAGACCUUGAAUCUGUAGUUGAUGGAUAUGCAAAAGCUGGAAUACCUCUUGAGGUUAUGUGGACUGACAUUGAUUACAUGGAUGGCUACAAAGACUUCACUUUGGAUCCAGUGAAUUUCCCGGAGGACAAGAUGAAAUCAUUCGUCGAUACACUUCACAAGAGCGGUCAGAAAUACGUGCUGAUCUUGGAUCCCGGUAUUGGUGUGGAUAGCUCUUACGGGACCUAUAACAGAGGAAUGGAAGCGGAUGUUUUCAUAAAAAGAAAUGGUGAGCCUUAUCUUGGUGAGGUUUGGCCCGGAAAAGUAUACUUCCCCGACUUCUUGAAUCCAGCUGCUGCAACUUUCUGGAGCAACGAAAUCAAGAUGUUCCAGGAGAUUCUCCCUUUGGAUGGUCUGUGGAUUGACAUGAAUGAGUUAUCAAAUUUCAUAACUUCGCCUCUAUCGUCUGGAUCUUCAGUCGAUGAUCCUCCUUACAAGAUCAACAAUUCAGGGGAUAAAAGGCCGAUAAACAAUAAGACAGUACCCGCAACAUCUAUCCAUUUUGGAAACAUUAGUGAAUACGAUGUGCAUAACUUGUAUGGGCUCUUGGAAGCUAAAGCCACUCACCAAGCUGUGGUGGAUAUAACAGGAAAGAGACCGUUUAUUUUGUCGAGAUCCACGUUUGUAAGCUCGGGGAAAUACACGGCUCACUGGACUGGUGAUAAUGCUGCAAAAUGGGAGGAUUUGGCCUACUCAAUCCCUGGAAUCCUCAACUUUGGUCUGUUUGGGAUUCCAAUGGUUGGAGCUGAUAUCUGCGGGUUUUCACAUGAUACCACCGAGGAAUUAUGCCGUCGAUGGAUCCAGCUUGGAGCUUUUUACCCUUUUGCAAGAGACCAUUCGUCCCUUGGUACCGCCAGACAAGAACUAUACCUCUGGGAUUCGGUUGCUUCUUCUGCAAGAAAGGUUCUCGGUCUCAGAAUGAGACUGCUCCCACAUCUCUACACAUUGAUGUACGAGGCUCAUAUCAGCGGCAACCCGAUCGCGCGACCACUCUUCUUCUCGUUUCCUCGAGACACUAAAACCUAUGAGAUCGAUUCCCAGUUUUUGAUUGGUAAAAACAUAAUGGUUUCUCCUGCGCUGAAGCAAGGGACGGUGGCCGUGGAUGCAUAUUUCCCUGCUGGAAACUGGUUCGAUCUAUUUAACUAUUCCUUUGCCGUUGGUGGAGAUUCUGGCAAGCACGUUAGGCUUGAUACUCCCGCUGAUCACGUCAACAUUCAUGUUCGAGAAGGUAGCAUUGUGGCUAUGCAAGGAGAGGCAUUGACGACUAGGGACGCCAGAAAGACACCGUAUCAGCUUCUAGUUGUAGCCAGCCGGCUUGAGAACAUCUCCGGGGAACUGUUUCUCGAUGACGGAGAAAACUUACAGAUGGGAGCUGGAGGAGGAAACCGUGAUUGGACUCUCGUGAAGUUCCGGUGCUUCGUGACAGGAAAAUCUGUGGUACUGAGAUCAGAAGUGGUGAACCCAGAGUACGCGUCGAGAAUGAAAUGGAGCAUCGGGAAAGUGACGUUUGUUGGGUUUGAGAACGUGGAGAGCGUGAAAACGUACGAGGUUAAGACAAGUGAGAGAUUAAGGAGUCCGAGAAUCUCUCUAAUUAAGACGGUUUUGGACAAUGAUGAUCCGAGGUUUCUCAGUGUGGAGAAUAGGAUUGUACAGUUGGAAGAAGGAAAAGAAAAUGGAAUUCCGAUUGUUCGAUCAGGGCAGUAUAAGGGAUUUCCGUCGAAACUGCUACUUCUGUUAGGGUUUUUUCUUGCUUUUUCUGUUACUGUCUUCAUCAUUAGUGUAUCUACAAUCAAGUUUUCUGGUAUACAAAGUGUAGUAACCACAGUGACUUCUAGCUUUGUGCCUUGCCCUGAGGAGGAACCGAAUAGUUUGAGUAAAUGGAUACAGCCUCCUGCGGUUCUGAUGCAUAACAUGAGUGAUGAAGAGCUCCUUUGGCGUGCUUCUUUUUGGCCUCGGAGAAAAGAAUAUCCGUUUGAACGGGUUCCAAAGAUUGCGUUUAUGUUCUUGACUAAAGGCCCCUUGCCACUUGCUAUGCUUUGGGAGAGGUUUCUCAAGGGUCAUAAAGGGCUUUACUCGGUUUACCUUCAUCCCCACCCAUCUUUUACAGCCAAAUUUCCAGCUAGCUCUGUUUUCCACCGGAGGCAGAUACCGAGCCAGGUUGCAGAAUGGGGGAGAAUGUCUAUGUGUGAUGCAGAGAAGCGGCUUCUCGCCAACGCGCUGCUCGAUAUCUCCAACGAAUGGUUUGUUCUCGUCUCAGAGUCAUGCAUUCCACUCUUCAACUUCACAACCAUCUACAGCUACUUAAGCCGAUCAAAACACAGCUUCAUGGGUGCUUUUGAUGACCCUGGACCGUUUGGACGUGGCCGCUACAACGGGAACAUGGAACCUGAAGUUCCCCUUUCCAAAUGGCGAAAAGGGUCUCAAUGGUUUGAGGUUAACAGGGACCUCGCAGCUACCAUUGUCAAAGACACAUUGUAUUACCCGAAAUUCAAAGAGUUCUGCAGGCCUGCUUGCUAUGUGGACGAGCAUUACUUCCCAACGAUGUUGACAAUUGAGAAACCAACGGUCUUGGCUAACCGAAGCUUGACAUGGGUGGACUGGUCGAGGGGAGGGCCCCACCCAGCUACAUUUGGGCGAUCUGACAUUACAGAGAAGUUCUUUGAAAGGAUCUUUGAUGGAAGAAACUGCAGUUACAAUGGUGGCAACACUUCCAUGUGUUAUCUCUUUGCAAGGAAGUUUGCUCCGAGUACUCUGGAGCCUUUGCUUCACAUUGCUCCCAAGGUUCUCGGAUUUUGAGUAGUUUAGUAAUGUCUCUCUGAACCUCUUGACAUCAAAUAGAGAGAUCACGAAGUGGGUGUGAUAUGGAUUCUGUGGGAGAUUUUACACCGAUAUUAUUUUAUUUUGUUUGUUGUGAUAUUAGUUUGGAAGAAAUGAGAUUUUAGUAG